AUGUUGAGGAUUGCACGCUGUCUUUUAUUGUUUUCGGUGACAAAUGCAGAAAAUCUAUCUAUCUAUCUAUCUAUCUAUCUAUCUAUCUAUCUAUCUAUCUAUCUAUCUAUCUAUCUAUCAAAGCCUGUUCCUUAUUUAUCUCAGUCUAUUCCUUAUCUAUCUAUCAAAGGCUUAUUAUUAUCUAUGUGCGUCGUAGAAUUAUUGCUUGAUCGCUGCAAUACAGCCACAAUCCACGAAGCCCUUUUACAGGCCAUCAGUGCCGGACACGAGAACAUCGCAGAGACGAUCUUGAAACAUCCAAAGUAUAAAGACGUUAGACGAGAGAACAAACGAUUUGGAGAAACGGACUACUUUUAUAAUCAAACCAGCGAAGAUUCGCCCUUUUCCUCUGAUAUCACUCCGUUAAUACUGGCCGCCGAGAGGAAUCAGUUUGAAAUUGUUCAGCUUUUGUUGCUACGCGGGGAUACAAUCCAAAAGCCACAUCAUUAUUAUUGCGCCUGUCAGGAGUGCAGUAACAAACUGCAAUUUGAUCAGUUACGUCUUGCCAAGACAAGACUUAACGCCUAUAAAGGACUGGCUAGUGGUGCGUAUAUAUCGUUGUCCAGUAAAGAUCCUAUACUUACAGCUUUUGAACUUGCUCAGGAGCUUCGAGAUGUCGCUCGAGUGGAAAAGUACUUUAAGACUGAUUAUUUGGCCCUCGCUGAUCAGUUGAGCCAAUACGUGGUCAAGCUGCUGGACAAAGUGCGUGGACAUGACGAGCUGGAAAUUCUUUUGAACAAGACUGGAAGAGCCAGUGACGAGGAGAGUUAUGAACUUCUUGAUCGUUUAAAACUGGCAAUUCAGUACAACGAAAAAAAGUUCGUUGCACAUCCAAGCUGCCAACAAAAAUUGGUCAGUAUUUGGUAUUCAAAUUUCCGGUCAUUAGAAAGGUCAAACUGGUACACCCGAAUUCUGAUUAUCUCCUUUGUCACGACUGUUUACCCAAUUCUCGCCAUCUGCUACUGGUUUACUCCAAAAUCUAAACUGCGAAAGAUUCUUCGAUGCCCGUGCGUCAAGUUCAUUGGACACACAAUGAUGUUUGUUGUUUUCCUCAUCAUGAUCAUCAUCUCGACGCUGACAGAACAUCCUGAUCCGCAUAAGCUUUUAUCUAAAAUAUUCACACAUGUUAACAUUCGAUACCAGUACUUCCGAAACAACACUUUAUCCAAUUUCCCAAAAGAUUUUGUGGUCAGAUCCUUUGAGCCGGAAAUUAUACACGUCGUUCUCUCAAUAUGGAUUAUUGGUAAGUAA